AUGUACUUGACAAGAUCAGAAUAUGACCGUGGUGUUAACACCUUCUCCCCCGAAGGCCGUCUCUUCCAAGUUGAAUACGCCAUUGAAGCCAUCAAACUAGGUUCCACUGCCGUUGGCUUGCAAACCAAGGAAGGCUCCGUCUUGGCCGUCGAAAAGCGUCUCUCGUCCCCCCUCCUAGAUCCAAACUCGGUGGAAAAGAUUGCCGAAGUGGACACUCACAUUGGAGCUGCCAUGAGUGGAUUGGUAGCCGAUGCUCGUACUUUGGUGGAUCAUGCUCGUGUGGAAGCACAAAAUCACCGAUUUACCUAUGAUGAGCCCAUUGGAGUCGAGCCCUUGACACAAGCCGUAUGUGAUUUGGCCUUGAGUUUCGGAGAAGGCAGUGACGGUGACUCUUCCAAGCGCAUGUCCCGACCCUUUGGUGUCGCCCUCUUGUUGGCGGGUUACGAUGAAAUGUUGGGAUCCCAACUUUACUUUUCGGAUCCUUCUGGUACCUUUGUCCGAUACAAGGCCAAGGCCAUUGGUGCUGGAUCUGAGGGAGCCCAAUCCAACUUGGAAGAAUCCUACUCAGAAAGCAUGACGCUAAAAGAAGCGGAAGAAUUGGCUUUGAGUACGCUAAAGCAAGUGAUGGAAGAGAAGAUUUCCACAGAUAAUAUUGAAUUGGCAAGAGUUACUCCUGACAAGGGAUUCCACAUUGCCGAUGCCGAAGAGGUCGCUGCGGUUCUAGAGAGAUUGACAUCUUAG